AUGAGUAAGCUGAUAAGAGCGAGACUAUUGUUGCCUAAAAUAAUAGUCCUUGCAUUGAUUUCAAGUAUAUGGCUUAGUGUAGAAGCCUAGAGACCUCCACCAGAUAUUGUGAAAGAUACUACUACAGGAAAUAUCAAAAACCCCAAUUUCUUACAAAGAAUAAAUCAAAACUUGAUAUUGAAGUUAGAAGACAAUCCUAGCACCGGAUAUUCCUGGAUUAUAUUUAAUGAGGCAGCAGUAAACGAAAAAAAGGUUAUAGAAUUUACAAAUGUUGAUUUUGAGAGCUCAAACUCCGGUAUGCUAGGUGCACCUGGUAAAAUUAUCUAUACUAUAAAAGGACUCAAGAGCGGAAUUUAAGGUGUUUAAUUCCUACAAAUGCAACAGUGGAACCUUCAAUCUAUACUCACAAAUGGUAGAAUCGAUCCAAUCAAAGCCUAAUAGCAGGGAAUAACUUACAAUCUCAAAACUUAUUACUUCCAAGUUUAUUGA